GUUUUUUUCUUUCUCCCUUCCCCUCCCUGUAUGUCCUUCUCCAGGAUGGCAGAGGCGGAAUUGCACAAGGAAAGGCUGCAAGCCAUAGCAGAAAAAAGAAAGAGACAGACUGAAAUAGAAGGCAAGCGCCAACAGCUUGACGAGCAGAUACUUCUCCUGCAGCAUUCCAAGUCCAAAUUGCUUCGGGAAAAAUGGUUGCUGCAAGGUAUGCCUGCAGGAACUGCCGAAGAGGAGGAGGCCAGGAGGCGGCAAUCUGAGGAGGAUGAGAUCAAAGUCAAGCAGCUUGAAGACAACAUUCAGAGGCUCGAGCAGGAAAUACAAGCGCUAGAAAGUGAAGAGUCCCAGAUAUCUGCCAAAGAGCAAAUCAUCCUAGAGAAACUAAAGGAGACAGAGAAAUCCUUCAAGGACUUUCAGAAGAGCUUCUCCAAUACGGAUGGAGAUGCAGUAAAUUACAUUUCCUCCCAGCUCCCCGACCUGCCAAUCCUCUGUUCACCAACAGCAGAACCACCAUCACCUGGGCAGGACAGGACCAGCAAAGUGGCUGCUGUGUACGCCAUGGAAAUUAAUGUGGAGAAAGACAAACAAACAGGGGAGACCAAGAUUCUCUCUGCAUCCACCAUUGGCCCAGAGGGGGUCCAUCAGAGAGGAGUCAAAGUCUAUGAUGAUGGUACCAAAGUAGUCUAUGAGGUACACUCAGGAGGCACCAUAGUAGAAAACGGAGUGCACAAAUUAAGUGCCAAGGAUGUAGAAGAGCUUAUUCAAAAGGCUGGACAAUCAAGUUUAAAAGGAGGGCACGUGUCAGAAAGGACUGUGAUUGCAGAUGGGAGCCUCGGCCACCCUAAGGAACACAUGCUCUGCAAAGAAGCCAAGUUAGAAAUGGUCCAUAAAUCUAGAAAAGAUCGUCCUUCUGAGAAUCCAGGUCAGCAGGCCCGAGCCCCCAGCACAGAAGGGCCAGAGGCAAACUCGGAUCAACCCGUCACUAUGAUCUUCAUGGGCUACCAAAAUAUCGAGGACGAAGAGGAAACCAAAAAGGUGCUAGGCUAUGAUGAAACCAUCAAGGCUGAAUUGGUCCUCAUCGAUGAAGAUGAUGAGAAGUCACUGAGGGAGAAGACCGUGACGGACGUGUCCACUAUUGAUGGCAACGCAGCUGAGCUAGUGUCCGGGAGGCCAAUGUCAGACACCACAGAGCCCUCAUCCCCAGAAGGAAAGGAAGAGAGCCUGGCCACGGAACCAGCCCCAGGUACCCAAAAGAAAAAGCGCUGUCAGUGCUGUGUUGUCAUGUGACCACUCUUUCUUCCCUUUUCUUCUGGGCCGCCUCUGUGCUCUCCACC